GUUUUCCUGGAAUCUUGGUCUUGUUGCAACAAUAUGAGAGUGACAUUCACGAUCUCUCCUCCACCUCUCUCUCAUAAACUUUCUCUCUCAUAAGAUACUAUAUUUUCUCUUUCAAACCUCCCCUAUUUCGGAUCACCACACGACCGUUUCCUUCUCUGCCUUCUUGGCAUCUUUUCUUCCUCUGCUUUAUCUCAUUUUUCUAUUCUUUCAUCAAAAACACAAUCUUUUUUUUUCUUCUUUCUUUUCUUUUGUUACAAACCCAAGGUACUUUUUUCUUGUUCUUUGGAAGAUUCUACCAACUGGGUCGUUUUUGUUUUUGCAUAUUUGUCCUUUUUUCGUUGAUGGGUCGUUACUUUUGUUGUUGAUUUCUUUAAGUACAACCAUUGAAGGAGAAGUGGUUUUGAAUUCUGAGAAAAAGAUGGGUCUUGAUGAUGAUAAUGUGAAAAGUGAUAAGGAAGAAGAGAAGAGUUCUUGUGUUGUUGAAGGAAGUGAUAAUGAAGGUGCUGGUGGUGGUAACGAUAGCAGAUACAUGAGUGAGAGUUCUGUUGCUGCUACUGAGGAGGAAGAUGAUGAUGAAGAUAGGAAGAUUGAGUUGGGUCCACAAUGUACCUUAAAGGAACAACUUGAAAAGGAUAAGGAUGAUGAGAGCUUGAGGAGGUGGAAGGAACAGCUUCUUGGAAGUGUUGACAUCAAUGCUGUUGGAGAAACUCUGGAGCCAGAAGUGAAGAUUCUGAGCCUUGCAAUAAAAGCUGCUGAUAGACCUGAUAUAGUUCUUCCAAUACCAGAAGAUGGAAAUCCAAAGGGUUUGUGGUUUACUUUGAAAGAAGGUAGCAAAUACAGAUUAAUGUUCACUUUCCAGGUCAACCAUAACAUUGUUUCAGGUCUCAAGUACACCAACACUGUGUGGAAAACUGGUAUCAAAGUUGAUAGCAGUAAAGAAAUGAUUGGAACCUUCAGUCCUCAAACUGAGACUUACACUCAUGAGAUGCCUGAAGAGACAACACCAUCUGGGAUGUUUGCUAGAGGGGCAUAUUCAGCUAGAAGUAAGUUUGUUGAUGAUGAUAACAAGUGCUACUUGGAGAUCAACUACACUUUUGAUAUCAGAAAGGACUGGCAGUAAUUAGGAGUCAGAUAGCAGAAUUCUCCUCCUACAUUGAUUCAUAUGUUUAAUCCUUAAUCAUUGUUAUUUGUGCUGAAAUCUCCUUCAGUGUUUACUUGUUUCUUUUUCAUUGUUUAAUUGUUUGUUUCUAAUCCUGUCUGAGACCGGUAAUCUUAACAAUGAUGAGAGGAUUUUGAAGGAUGAAAUUGGUAUUACUAUUCAUUUCAUAGAUAGUUUUGUCAAUAAAUUUGAGUUUUGCA